AUGGCCAUCUACGAGGUGAUGAAAGUCAAGAAGGUCACCACCAGCCCCUACCACCCGCAGACCAAUGGCGGCACCGACCGCGUCAAUCACACGAUGGCCCAGAUGCUUGCGGUGGUCGUCAACGAACAGGAAAACGAUUGGGACGUACAUCUCCCGCACGUUGAGUUUGCCUACAAUAAUUCCGUGAACCAGUCUACUGGGUUGGCGCCAAACAAGAUCCACAUCGAACGCAUCCCGCGACUUCCGCUUUCGGUCUUCGAUCAUCCCACGGUCGGUGGUCAUCAAGGCUUGGCCCGCGAUCAACUCGAGUAUUGCAACCUAGCUGUCGAUCGCCAGCGCCGGGCCUACGAUCUUGUCCGUGAGUAUAACGCUCUGAAGAUUUCGCGAGUCGAACGCCGCAGUUCAUCCCUGCUGGACGCCAUCCACAAUCUCCCUAAGUAUACCGUUGGCGGGUGGGCUUGUGUGAACAACACGCCUGCUACGAUUCGACAGGGUGUGCAAUAGGACACGGACCAACAGGUGCUCAAGGCCAAAUUCGCACUUUCCUGGACGGGGCCCUACAAAGUUCUUGCGGUGGGUCUCGCUUCUGCCGAAGUCCCCCCGGACGGCAGCCCGUUAGCGCGUAAACUCCUCUACCUGGACCUGCCUUCCGAUCUUUCUGGCCCAGCGGCUCGAUGUCGCGUGUCUGUCCUUCGUUGCAAGCCCUGUCGCAAUCCAUACGAAGCGAACGAGUUGCUACAAUCUCUACCUGCCGAUCUUUCGCGUUAUGUUCUGCACUCUUUCGGAGAUAAAUGUCCACCGUUCAACGUAACCGCGGAUGACGCGUCGGCGCCUGUCGGACGCCUAGAGGUUGACUACAUCUCGGGGCAUCAACUGGUGCGGGGCCGUAGCGGCGUUCUCGCUGUCCUGUACCAGACACAUUGGUUAGGCCUGGCUAUUCCUUCAUGGGAACGGGAAUCCGACCUCGAUCAAUUCCGUCGACACAUCCUCUUGUACUGGUCCUGAGAGGUUCGGCAAAGCAAGCAAGGUGAUUUGUAUUGGAGAUUACUGGACACCUAGAUGUGUUGAGUGAGGAUAGCUGCAUAUUGAGACCUAACGGGUUGAGUGACGUUUGCGACUGCCGGACACAUAGACGCAUUGAGUGACGAAAGCUGUAUACUGAAACCUCACAGGUUGAUUUGUAUUGGAGAUUGCCGGACACACACACGUUUUGAGUGAGGAUAGCUGCAUAUUGAGACCUAACGGGUUGAGUGACGUUUGCGACUGCCGGACACAUAGACGCAUUGAGUGACGAAAGCUGUAUACUGAAACCUCACAGGUUGAUUUGUAUUGGAGAUUGCCGGACACACACAUAGACGCGUUGAGUAAGGAUAGCUGUAUACCGAAAAUCCACAGUUGCUCUAGUGAGGGAACAAUUCGAGAAUGCAGUACACAUAGACCCGACCCCCA